CACCUGAAUGUCGCCAUGAAAGAACACCACAUGCUUGUUGUUGCUCUUCUCCUCCUUCACGGUGUGGUCGUCUGCAGCAGGCCGGAGGAGCAGCAGGUCGUUCACUCGGCUCGGCUGGUGUCCGGGCACCGCGAGCAGCUUCUGGAGCCUCCUCUGCGGGCUCUCUGUGCGUGCAUCCCGGCUGGCUGCUGCUGCAUGCAUCCCCCGAGGCUCGGAGGAGGUGGUCGCUGCCACAGAGGUCAUCUUGUUGGCCACAGACAAGAGAGUGAAACCCACAACAGCUUGGGCCACUAGCAUGGACACUAAUCGUUCUCCUGCAGCAUCAUGUCCUCCAGCUCUCUGGGCCGGAGGUUAGUGGCUUGUCUUCUGAAUGUUUCUGAAGCUCGUAAGAAAGACCUGGUGGAGACUGUGGCCAAGGCAGCUUUAUACAACACUGAAGGUGUCAGACGAGAGGGGACGACCGUGCUGAAUAUCUUUAAUGACCAUGACUACAACCGCUCUGUCAUCACCAUUGUGUCCAGCAUCGACUCCAUCAGGGAGUCCGUUCUGUCUGCGUGUGAGAGAGCCUGUGGGCUCAUCGACAUGCGUGCUCACUCCGGGGUCCACCCGUGUAUGGGUGCUGUCGACCUCAUCCCCAUCUACCCGCUGGGGGAGGAGGUGGGGGUGGAGGACUGCGCUGAAGAGGCUCGAGCUGUGGCUCAGGGACUCACAGAGCGGGUCCGGGGCACCAGUGCCUUCCUGUUUGGCUGGGCUGACUCCCCCCUCCAGAGGGGACUGGCACAGAGGAGGAGGGAGAUGGGCUGGUUCAAGAAGACGACAGACUUGCAGGCGAUCACACCCGACAUGGGGCCACAGCUGCAGAGACGCUUCGGUCUCACAGGUGUCGGAGCCAGUCCGUACGUAAUGAACUGCAACGUCACCAUCGACACCCAGGACAUCGCCAUGGGACACAGCAUUGCCAUGGCAAUCAGAGAGUCGACCCCUGGGGGCCUACCCGGGGUGCAGGUACUGGCUUUGCCACAUGAGGGCAGUGUGGAAAUCGCCUGUAACGUGGAAAGUGUAAAGGGGAGUCCACCUGGUCACAUGACCACAAGUGAACAGUGGCCAUGUUUCAUAAUUGAUGGCCAGCCGUACUGUCACGCUCCAGCCUCCCUCAUCACAGCGAGGGUCGCAGAGCUGGCAGGGAAGCAGGGGGUUACAGUAAAGGGCACGGCGCUGGUGGGGUUUACCCCCCGUGAGUGCAGGGGCCUCGCUGAGUUAGCUCUGUCUCAGGGGAUCGCUGAGUUUUGGAAAGAUCAGCACAGGAUCCGAAUGUGAAAAACAAUUCGAUUUAUUAAACCUCAAUAAAUAAUUCAUCAUGUUUGUUUGAUGUUAAUUAAAUACUACAAGGACUGACCGAAUGUGAAGCUCCGCCCCCUUCUGCUCAGUAAAUUAACUCUGUGAAGCUCUCCAUCUUAGUGCUGCAUGCAGUUUAAUAUAACAGUGUCAGAUACCUUCAAUAAUUUAAAUGAAAAACGUUUUAUUUGUUCACAUAAAGAUGACAGAUUUGAUUUGAAUUAUAACUUCUGAUGCACGCUGACUUCAUCAGCCACACAUUUAUUAGUUAAAGCUCAGAUCAGGAUGUUUUUAGCUGAAUAUGAAACAAACUGAAAUUGAUUCUGAUGCCUCUUUUAGUUUUAUAAAUUAAUAUUUAAUGCCAUCGCAGUCAGAUUUGAAUUUUUACUUGCCCCCAAAGGAUUGUAAUCUUGGUUCAACUUUGAGUCAAUUCUUUUCUGUAUGUUUGGUGCAUCAAAUUAAAGCCUCAAUUAUUUUA